AUGACAAAUCCGUUGAUACUAGGAGGCCAGCAGCAAAAAGAACUGCAUUCUGCCAAGCAGGGCUCCCAUGGAACUUCUAGUAAUGACGUGAACGACAUUCUAAGGGUUGAUCGGAAGCUACAACAAGGAUAUCAUGGAACUGAUAAUGACAUGAAUGAUGCUGACAUGCUAAGCGUUGAUCAAAAGCUACAACAAGGAUAUCAUGGAACUGAUAGUGACAUGCAAAUGCUGGACCAGAAGCUACAACAAGGGCACUAUGCCAAUCUUAACCCAAGCAGCCAACCAUCACAAAGCCAGGCAACAGAGAAGAGCCCAGGAGCUCCCCCUCAACAACAAACACAAGAACUUGCGGAACCAGGAGCCUAUGCCUUUGCACCAACACCAUCCAACAACAAUGAUGCCGAGAUAAUUAUUGAUGAAACUAGGCGUGACAUUGGACCAACACCACCCGAACAGGUCAGCUCUGGUUUGGCAGUUGCAAGAGAGGUGCAGGACGAUCCGGAAGAUCCAAGAGACUUGCCACAAGCAGAAGAGUAUACUGAGAAUCGAGCGUCUCGGAAAAGGACCACACAAACCCAAGAGUCAAAUAAGCGGAUUGCACUGGUUCUUGGCUUCGGCCUCUGUCUUGUUGUUUUCGUUGUACUACUUGCGGUCCUGUUGGGGAAAACUGGUGAUGGAAAUGAAGCUACGCCAGCCAUGGAGCAUGUUGAACCCAACAAAGAAAAUGACCUUACGGACUUUAGCAUGGCCCCAAGUGCAUCUCCUGUCUUUGAACAGCUCCUGAGCUACUUCCCAAACUACACUAUCCAGGCAUUGGAGGACCCAGAGUCUCCGCAAUCCAAGGCAUUGGAUUGGCUAUUGGAUGAUCCAGAUCUAACGGAAUAUGUUGAUUUGGAAUGGAGGGUGAAGCAGCGAUUUGCCCUGGUGGCAAUGUUUCACUCUACCAAUGGCUUCAACUGGACCUACUCUGAUAACUGGCUGAGUUAUAGCCACCAUGAAUGUUUUUGGUAUGCAAGUGGAUCCAUUCCCUUUUUGAUUCCUGGGUCAGGCGAGCACCAUUUCAGAGGCGAGUAUCAGAAUCCAUGUCAUCUCAGAAUCAAUGAUACAACUGCAAAUGGCACAAUGGAGGCAAUCAACUUGAUUGAGGUCCCAGCUGAAGGUUCCUACAAACAGCUGUGGUUCCACAUGAACAACUUGGAAGGCCCACUACCAGAAGAAAUCUACUGGCUGACAAAUUUGGAGACAAUGAGUCUCUUCUUCAAUAUGCUGGGUGGGCCCAUAUCCUCGCAGAUCGGUCAGUUGCAACAUUUAGAAGCGGCAAUCUUCAGCUUCACAGAUGUCACGGGGACUCUCCCCACUGAGCUUGGGAUGUUGAGUGACACUCUUUCCUUCUUUCUCAGUGAGCAAACUCAACUGUCUGGCACACUUCCUACUGAGAUUGGUAUGCUUUCCAGAGUGGACACAUUGUUGAUCGACGACAAUAAUUUCUCCGGUACCAUUCCAAUAGGACUGUUCCAACUCACCAAUCUUCAGAAUCUUUACUUGGAUCUGAAUAGUCUGACUGGGACUUUGUCAUCAGACAUUGGCUUGCUUCAAGACCUUGAGUGGGCUUUCUUUUUUGAUAACCUCUUAACAGGUACAUUGCCGACCGAACUUGGUCUUCUCAAUUCUCCCGUUAGACUCCUUCUGGAUAUGAAUCUUUUCCAUGGACCAAUUCCUUCUGAACUCGGAAUGCUGAACAGUUCAGAACUCUGGAGUCUUGGUCUCAGUGCCAAUCAAUUGGGCUCUUCCAUACCAACUGAACUUGCUUUGAUGUCAUCUGUACAAUAUAUCGAGCUACAGAACAACACUCUUUCAGGCCAAGUUCCAUCUGAGAUUGCAGCCCUGCCCCAUCUCACUCACUUUCUGGCACAGGCGAACAGACUCACUGGCACAAUUCCACAGGAGUUCAUCAACUUUCUUGAGACCAAUGGUACCUCCACCUUGAAUGUUUUCAAUUUCAGCAAAAAUUUGCUGGAGGAACAAGAUGAUUCUUGCUGGGUUAAUGAAACCUUCCAACAGACACCGUUUCUUUGCCAUGAAUUCAACUCCUGA